UCCCCUCAGCUACAGCUUCAGGCUGCUCAGAGAAAAAAAACAGGAAAUAUGAACGUGCCUACUGUACUUGUUUGCCACAACUUUCGUAUGAACUAAUUCUUGAAUCUUAAUGUACCCACGCACGAGGAAACACAUGAUUGGCAGUUGCAGUUGUUUUACCUGAUUUCAGCAGGAGAUGGCACUGCCAAGCCAGAAGACUGAGCUAGUCAGUGACACAAGCUUGGACAAUUGGGAGUCAGUUGGCUCUGGGGGAUUCGGCUGUGUCUACAAGGCCAGGCACAAGGACUGGGGAAUCAACGUGGCCAUAAAGAUACUCCAUAAGGAUGUUUGUUCUUACGACAAUAACCUACAUCGUUCCAGCCCCUUCACAAAACUUUGUGAUGAAGCUAAUCAUAUGGAUGAGGCUGCCAGUGAGUUUGUGCUGAGGCGCUAUGGAACUUAUCAGGGAUAUCGGUCUGGUAAAGAAACAUCCAUGCAACAUGGAAUAGUGAUGGAGUUCAUGAGAAAUGGAUCUGUUGAGUCCCUGCAGAAAGAACUCUCUGGCCCUCUGCCGUGGCCCCUGGUCUUCCGCUUGGCCCAUCAAGUAGCUCUAGGCAUGACCUUCCUCCAUUCAAAGAACCUUAUACACGGCGACCUAAAGCCAAGUAAUGUACUGCUUAACAUGGACCUUAACGCCAAGCUAGCAGACUUUGGUCUGUCCAGAGUUUCAACCAGUGCUUUAAACAGCAGCAGGGAAACAACAGAGAAGAUUGGAGGCUCAUACAAGUACAAGCCUCCCGAGGCUUUUAAAGCAUCAUAUGAACCUGCCCGUGCCUUUGACAGAUACAGCUACGGUAUCCUGCUCUGGUCCAUUCUUAUGGGUAAAGAGCCUUAUCCAUGCGCUGAUUAUGCUCUUGUGAAACUGAGGAUCCCUGAAGGAGACAGACCUUGCUGUGAGGAAAUUGACAAGACGAAGCUGGAGGUAGAUGGUUUGGAAGCACUGGUUGACCUCAUGAAGAGGUGCUGGGAUGAAAGUCCCUCGAAGAGACCUACCUUCAAAGAGUGCUUUGAAGUAACUGAGAAAAUCUUCUCAAAGCACGAGAAGGGAAUUCAUAAGGUGGUCGAUGACGUCUUGACAAGACUGGAGUCACAAAACAGUAAUCAAUCAAGCCUGGCAUCCAAUGUUCCUCCUCAGACACCAGAACAGUCAGAGUCAAAUGAUGCUGUUGAUAAUGACUUUUGCAAACAGGACUCUGUCAGUGUUUCUACUAAAAUAAUGAGUGAUGAAGAUAAAGCAAAGUUUGUUGACAACAACAGGGUCAAGUUGAUUCAAAACGUUACUGGGGUAAUGGCAAUAACAAAGGAGCUUGGAAACAUGGUCCACCCUGAAGCCUACUCAUGUGUUGAAGAUAAGCAGAAAACAACGCAGGAAAAAAUGAGAGUGCUUUACAUGACAUUUCGUUCAGGAGGGGUAGCGGUCAAAGCAGCCUUCUACGACGCCCUCAAACAACAUCAUCCCGAACUAGUAAAGAGGCUCGGUGGCUAUGCUUAAGGAACUUGUGGCCUUCCUGCAUUUUCUGCAGGUGAAAAACUUUCUUGCCUCUCCCGCUUCGCUCAAAUUUUUUAUGAAAAAAUCAUGUAUUUCAUGUAUUUAAGUUGUUGAGAUGUUUUUGAUAUUUCACUAAUAAACAUAUUGUUUCACAAAAGAAAGAAAA